AUGUGGACGGCGGUGAUUUUUCUGAACCUGUGGGUUCUGCACUGCACAGUCUCCUCCUCUCCUCCGAGUCCCAUCAAUGUGAGCUUCUCCUCGCUGAAUCUCAGGAAUGUUCUGCACUGGUUCCCAGCAGACGGAACACCGGAUCACGCUCACUUUAAUGUGGAAUACGCCAUCUAUGGCGACAGCAUCAAGGGCAGCAAAGGAAGGCGGGUGAACUGGAGGGCGGUGAAGAAAUGUACAGAAAUCGUACGGACUUGGUGCGACCUGAGCAAUGAGACGUGGGAUCUAGAGCAGGGAUACCAUGCCAGAGUCCGAGCUGUGGGCAGGAAAUCAUCUUCCAAAUGGGCUGUGACAAGAAGGAGAUUCGAUCCAAAGUUGGACACUAGUUUUGGUCCUCCGUUGGUUUCAGUGGAAACAGAGAACAACAGUGUUACCAUCAGUCUGAAAGGACCAAUGAGAUAUCAGCCAAACAACCACACCCCGGUGGUUUCCAUGGCGGCGCUUUACCCCCAGAUGACCUACAACCUCUCCAUCCGUAAUAACCAACGCAACCAGGUGCAUCAUUUUUCGGUGGUUACUGGUCCGUUCAAGUAUCAACUGAUGGACUACAACACAGAAUACUGCUUCUCUGCUGAAUCUAAGUUCCUCUCCAUGCCGAACCAGUGCCAGUCCUCGGCUUGGCACUGCAUAACCACACCUAAAGACCCUGUGAUUGAACAGAUGCAGUGGGUGGUUGUGGGUAUUGUUGUUCCAUCUUUGUGCGUCUGCGUGAUCGUGGUGGCUGCCUACUUUCUGUAUCACUACCUGACAGGGAAAGGACAGAAGAGCCCAUACAUACUGAACCCGCCUUCUUUCCACCCGCCGCCUCUCACGUUCCCUCCUGAGAAUCUGAACUUCAUCCUGAUCAGCAUCAUCAAAGACGAUUCGCCAUUGGAUGCUUGCAGCGUUGCAUCAAAGCCUGCAUGUUCCAAACCACAGCUACGGACCACAAGUGCAGCUCCACCCUGCAGUUACUUUCCUCAGGGGUCCGAGGCACCUCCACUGCCUGGAGAACACUCAGAUGAUUCGUCCAUCGACUACGGAUUUAUUAGCACAGCUCCUAGAAUCAACAUGGGGAGGCGUGAUGAAGGCGACGGUGGGAGUCAUCUGGGAGGUGAAGACAGGAUGAAGGAGGACGAUCACCCCGUUGCAGGUUACGCCCCUCAGGCAAAGUCAGUUCAUACAUGCAGACAAAUCCAGGGGGCUGAGGUGAGCACACCUGUGCAGGCUCAUGCAUGGUCACAGGUGAAUCCAGUUUUACCAGAAGUCAGCAGAAUGGAGGAGUUUCCGGGUUUAUUCAUUAACAAAAACCAACAAAAUGACCUCUUCGCUAUUCCUCUUGAUCUAAAUACGGAGGUAGGAAGAGAGGAAAAGACGGAUGAGGAGAUGAGAGUAAGAGCAGACAGGAAAAAGAGGUUGAUGAAGACGAAAACGUGCCUCUUCUUUCUGGUUACGCCUCCCAAAACAUCCAACGUGCCCCAUUGUGAUCAGUCUGCUUUGUUAUCAGGUGAUUACGGUGUUCUGAGUCGGGCAGAAGCCCAGUACGCUGAGGAAGAUGAUGGUUAUGAGGAGGAGGAGGAGCAGGGAGCUAUUUGUGUUAACUGGGAUCCCAAGACUGGAGAACUACGGCUGCCAGAGUUUAAUGGAGAAGAAGGGUUGGAUAGAUUAAUGCUUCCAUAUGCAGCUAGGCAGGACGGGAUGGUAGGUAAGGAUGAGGAGGCGUUUGUGAUGAAGGGCGAGUUGACGUUAGAAAAUGUGUUUGUCAGACAAGCUUCUGAGGAAGACGAACCCCAGAAAGAGUUGGAGCAAGUCAGGGAAACCGAGUGGGAGGUGGAUGAUAUUUUGAGCAAAUGGAACUUGACGAUCUCUAUGGAUCAGUAGAUGAUAUUCAUCAAUGUAUUUACCAGUAUGUGAUAAUAUCAAUCUUGUAGGAGCACUUAGUACUGUAGCAGGGUUACGUUUGUAUCCAUGAAUGCUGCUGCUUUAGUUUCGGCAUGAUCAACAGUUUACUGUAACUAAUGACUGUAAUCAAUGUACUGUACAUACAUAUGAAGAAAACACACUGUGAUCAACUCUGAAGGAAAAUAUGGGUUCAGUUUAAUCUCAAGAAAAAUAUUAUUGUAUUAUUCUCUUGUGUUUUUCCUAACACCAUCUCUGCCAAACAAAAUGUACUUUUAUGGACUGCUACACAUCCUUGUCCAGAACAGGCAUUGAUAAACAUGCAUGGUGUGAUCAAAAAGUUCCAAGACUGCGUUAAUGAAAAUCAAAGUGCUCCUGAUUAAAAAGCGGCCGCCAUUUCUGCUGUCAGUCUCUUCAUGCAGCAGUACUCUGGUCCCAGUUCUCCUGCAACACUUUUCCUGGAAGUCCAUCCUUCCACUUCCUUCCAUUUAUCCAGAGUCAAGUCUCAGUGAGUAACUGGCUAAGGAAGGCAUUUCAGAUGUUCUUCUCCCCGGCAACAUUUUCCUGUUCCUUCUUGGGGAGGAAGGAUGGGAUUUACAACCUCAUUCUUUUGGUCACUACCCAGCGCUCAUGGCCACAGAAGAAGGAUAGUGUUAAAGAUUGUUUUGGGGAACCCAAGCAGAGAACACACAGCAAAGGCAGAGGCAGGAUUUAACAAAUUUAAUGGGGAAACAGAGGGAAGGUGAGGGAGCGGGGAUUGGGUCCAGGAGGGGCAGAUAGGUCUUGGCCAGAGAGAUAGGCAGCGGAGCAGGGGAACGACGGUGUGCAGCCGCCUCGGGAGGGCGAGAGUGUGGUGGCAGAAAGCAGACGGACGCUCGGCGGCGGCGAGCGGAUCGGUGGCUUGGUUGCAGACAAGGAGAAGCCAGACACAGGCUGUGCAGAGUAGCAGGAGGGUCCGACGGAGCAGGCAGGGAACAGAGCAGGUAAUCCGGAGGAACAUCCAGAAGAAUCCAACAGAGCAGGGAGGGGUCCGGGCAACUGGGUCGAGCUGAACAGGGGAGAAGACAGGCAGGAAUUAGUAACACAAAUUAUUUUCCAUAAACUAUAGAGUGGCGAGUGGAAACUGACUGCUCAAGCAGAAUUUACAAUCUGGCAGGGUGUGGUUGCAGGAACCAGUCUUUUAUUGCAGGAGUGGCAAUCAGCUGAUGAUGCUCAGCUGCCCAGAAUCUGGAGAGGACACUAAUUACUCAGUGGAGAUAGCCACAAGGCUGUCUCCACACAGUCACAGCGGAGGAGAGAGAGAGAGAGAGAGAGAGAGAAAGAGAGAGGAGGGAGAGAAGGGAGAGAGAGAGAGAGAGAGGGAAAAGGUACUGGGCUAUCAGGUGGGGCAGACAGAGAGCAGGUGGGCCCUGACAGAUAGAGCAUAAAUUAACUGGUAAAUCAAGAGUUUUGCCUUUUGGUUCAACUCCUUCUUUGCCUCAACCUUUCUGUGCAACAGUCAUAUUAUUGGUGACACUACAGCAAUCCAUCCAGUCCAUCUGUCUAUUUCAUGCUCCAUUUUCUAAACCAGAAACUCCAAUGCAAAGAAGCAACCAGUCAUUGCUCCUUCAGGCCAAAAGAAACCGGCUGAUGUGGUAAGGAUGUCUCCUCUGUGGCUUUCUUCUUUUGGAGACAUUCACCCAUUAAAUUUGAGUCCCAUCUCAGACCACAAAACUAGUUUUAUUUUUUCCCUUAAGUUGCAUUUUAAAGGUUCGCAAUCUGUUUUUACUUGUGUUUUCAAUCUGUGUCUGGUUAAGUUUAGGCACCCAAACUACUCAGUUAGGUUUAGAAAGGAUCAUGGCAUAAGAUAAAACAUGCAAUUUAUGUGACAAAGUUCCAUUCUGUACCUUUCCAGGGCGGGUACAGCACCGGAGAUUUGACAUGCACAGUUGUUGAUAGCAUAACAUCAUGUAUUUUUUUGACUCUAGACAGUUGCUGUUUGCUUAUGUUGCUCACGCAUGACACAGCGUAAACAGUCUUGGAACUUUUCGAUCGUACUUCUGUAUUUGUUAUGGACUGAUUGUGAGCUGGUAAUUUAGUACAAAAAGCCCAUAUAGGAAGCUUUACUUGGGUAUUUUCUUUUAGUGUUUUCUUUAGUGUCACGUAACCAAAGUUUACUGUAGAUAUAACAUUACUGUAGCUAGCUUUGGUUUCUCAUCAUUCUGUCCGGGUGAAGCACCUAAACUGUUCUGGAACAGAGAUUGAGUCAUGUUAACAAUAAUUACUCAUUUUUAUCUCUCAGUGAUCACAGCAGUCAUUAUAAUCUGUUGUAAAUAGUGAUGAUCAUAAGUACAGGGACUGUACCUUUGUGUUUGUUCCUCCUGAGGCUCAGCCUGUUGACUGUAUCCUCUGUAGGGGACUUUUUGUUCACAUGCAUCUCCUUUUACACUUUAAAACCACUCUAUGAGUCUCUGUUGUAUUGUAAAGAGGACAUGCUGGGCUUUCCAUGUAUAUGUCACAGGAUAGGUUGGGAACUGCUCUUUCUUUACAAGCAAAAGGGUUGAUGAAAGAGGAGAGAAAAACUGUGUACUGAAUUUUUUAACCAUGAUAAUCAUAUAUGUUUAUCAAAAUGUCAGUAUGGAUAUAUUUAAAACUUUGUUAGACCAAGACUGUCUUUAUGUACUAAAUAACUCCACAUUGUUGUAGGUGACAGAACUGAUCAUUCUUUGUUAGAUAGUUGAAGGAGACUCUGAUUUUUCUUAUAAAGAAAGCAAUAAGGAGACUUUGAACCUAUGAGAAAGGUUUAGUAGGUUUGUAAACUAAUCAACAAUUACUCCAUUCAUUCCUAUGAGAACCUCCAUUAUCUUCAAUGUUUUCAAAACUCAUCUUUUGUUCUGUUUCUUUAAUCUGGAAUGUGGCAACAUGGCGAUAUUUCAGGUUAGCAGCAUCCUGCAACAAAUUAUGCGACAGCAGUUGUAAAGGCAUGGGUUUGUGAUUAGUAAAGCCGAUACCAGUCAGUUAAAAAAAAUGCUUUGAUCAGUUCUGAUCCGAUUUUUGGGACUGGAUCCAGACAUCUCUACUUUGAUAUAUGAUCAGUUUGUACUCGUAGGUUUAAAAACUGUUUCCUCCAGCCAAUAGAUGUAAUGUAACAUGUUCGAACAGCAUGGUUUUAAUUUGAAACUCGAAAUUCAUUUCAGUUGCAUAGAUAUUUAGAACGUUUACAUACUCUUGAUGGGUUUUUACAGAUAUUAAAGUGUCAAAAAAAUCCUAAGAAAGCCAAAGAUCCAUGAAAAAUCUGGAUCUCACACAACACACCUGUGCAAAUGUUCAUGUUGGUGCUAAAUCAAUGCUAAACACCAACUUACUCUGCCAAGUUUAUAAGAUUUUCUGUCAAUCUCUUGCGGAGAUCAGCCAUCUUGUCUACAUCCAGGUUGCUCUCACAAAACUGCCUAAAAUAUAGCAACAUCAACACUACAAUGAGGAGGUGCAACUUCAUGAAUUAACUGAGACUGUGGUGUGAUGAGGAUGAUUGAACCCCAACAAUAGCACUUUAUACUCCUUUAUGCCAACAUAUAUUCUCCAUAUCUGUGUUACGAAUAAUGAAGUGUCUGACCUACAGGAUACGUUUACUUCCUUUAAGCGAGUUAAUCUGUAAACUUUACUGCGCCAUCCUUGGUUUCUCUUCUUGUUUGCAGUAUUGAAACCAUUAAUCAUCACUCUGUCAUCUUGUAUUUCUGCAUUCAUGUGAUGUUUGUUUGUUUUUGCUGAGCUGAGAGGCGUGUGAACUUAAUUUCUAUUGUGUCUAAUUUACAAGUAGCUACACUUUAUUAUUUGCUACUGUGACUUCUGCAUUCCAGCGCCAUGAACAAGCUAAAAAUAAUGAUUAAAAUAUAUGAUGACUAAAUCGCAGUGACAACUUUCUUUCGCAUUUUUAUACUUUUGUUUGUUGCUCAGAUGAAACCUAAAUAAGUUUCAUUUUACAUACAAAAAUGAAGUAAACUAAUGUAAUUAGGUAAUCUUGUUCCUAUUUUUUUUUUACCUGUUUGUUGUUCUGCAUUUGUCAAGUUAGAGUUUUAACUCAUAAUAAUACAUUAUAAGCACAUAAAAGGGUCGCUACAUGCAACUUCCUCCUUGUAAACUGGUAACCUUUGAUUACCUGAAGCUGGAAUUGUGAGACUCAACAUUUAGUUUCAGAUUCAUGUCAUGUGAUGUGAGGAUACGUUUGGUGCUGUGCAUGAAGUUAAACUCUGGGGGGAUAAAAUCAGGCCCGGGGUGGCUAAUCGAGUUGAGGAUUAGAUAUCUGUGAACACUAAUUUGCUUGAUAUUUGAUAUUGCAAAAAAGGACAUUGUGAUGUUGUAAAGAAUAGUGUUGGAGAUUUGCCCUUUAACUGAUGUUCUCAGAUUUGUGAAAUUUAAGUUGUGAUGGAACUGUUUCCUUGCAGAGGAAAAAGAGAUGAUAGUGUUGCUAGAAAGUGCCACACCUGUUAUUUUCUUUUUAAAUUUCAUUUUUAAAGUUUGGAUAUCCUUGAACACUUAUUUGAACAGAAUAUAGAUUCUGAUAUUGUUGUGAAGAAUAAUGUUGGAGAUGUGCACUCAUGUUGGAAUAAAUCCUCAUUGUGAAGCAAUCCUUACUUGCACUGAAUUGGAAAUAUUUUAGAAAAACACACUGAAUUACAAGACAAGGCUAGAAUUACAUGACUUUAAUAGUAAUAGGUCGUGAUCUAAAGUGGGCCAGUCUGAGGCAUGAAAGUCCAGGGCUGAAAAUGAGUCCCACUCCGGCCCUGGAUAAAACUGUAAAAGAAAUAAUAAAGUAAA